CAUCUAUUUAUCCACGCACUUACAUACAACUCUCAAGUCUCAUCUCUUUCUAGUUUCUUUGCUCUCGUCCUCACUUUCUACAUGUGUUUGUGUGAUGGGUGAAUUGCCUCCAAACCUGAAACAAUGGAUGCGAUUCAGUCCCCCGGACGAGGAGGUCAUCGAUUUCUUGAGGUCGAAGAUCACUGGGAAGGAUAAUGAAGUUGACUUCAUCUUCGAAGCCGAGAAUUGCCGAUGGGAUCCCUGGGAUUUGAGAAAUUUGUGCCUAUUCUGGUUGGAUAUAUGUGGCAUAAAGAUGGAGUAUCCAGAGUGGUGGCUCUUCUUGCCACAGGAUAGGAAUGGGAAGCGAUCGAAAAGGGCAACCAAUGCUGGAUUCUGGAAAGUGACGGGUCAGCCAAAGAAAAUCAAUUCGGACUCGGGGUUGAUUGGCAAGAAAAACUUUCUGGUAUUCUAUACAGGGACUCGUCCAGGCAAUAUAACCGAUUGGGUAAUGCACGAGUACUGCACAACCCUGAAGGAACUCGAUGGCACCCUCCCCGGUCAGAAACCCUUCGUGCUCUGUCGUUUAUCUCGUAAACAGAAAAAGAGCUCCACAGAUCCAAACUUUAAUUUUGCCGGAACUGCUGUUUCAUCUCCUACCACAGCAUUAGAAGUUCAAGCUGAAGCUACUACACCACCUCAGAUUUUUUAUGAAACAAUAUCUAACACAACACCUGUGGAUUGUGGAGACAAAAGUUUUAGUGCUCACGCUGCAGAAAAUCAAUUGGGAGAAGAUGCAGCUACCGAGGAGGAUCUGCAACUGGAAGAAAUGAUCUCCGAGCUGCUGCAAAAUCCCGUUGAUUUUGAAAUUUUGACCCCCUCCUCGACUUCACUUCUCAACAGAUCUACUGGUUCAUCCCCUACCACAACUAACUCACUUCUUGAAGAAUUCUUCUUCGAGUCUGACAUAGCUUCGGCAUUGGCAUCUCCGGCAUCAGAUCUGACUAAAAUUUUCCCUCAUAUAAACUUUGAUGGCACAACAUCAAACGCUAUGCCAUUCAGUAAUUGUAACCAUGUAAGCUAUAAUGCUUAUACUGCAAAAAGUGAAGUUUCAGAAUGUAACAUUUUAGGGAAGGACCACCCUGCAUCCGGUCCAAUACUUUAAAAGAUUAAUCAAUUAUGAAAAAUGAUACUAUUAUCAAA